CGCCCAAUUCUCCUCCUGUGCUAGACGGGCUUCCAGAUGUCAUGGAGUAUAUAGAUUAGGCCUUUUCAAUUUGUUUUUUAAAUCUAGGGAUUGUGAGAAAACAGUGGUGUGUGUGUGUGUGGGGGGGGAUACAUUUUCUUGGUAAGAUGCAGCUCUGACAAAGUACCGAGCAUAAAAUGGAACAUGCACAAACAUAUCAAGAUCCCUUUAGUAUCUCGGUAUCUUCAGGGCCUUUUGGGUGCAGGACUUAAGCACUGGACUGUUAUGCUUUCCAUUACAACAGUGGCCUGUAUAGUGGAGUGGCUUACAAUUGGCUGUUGGCAAGAUCAUCAUGAGCCAGCAAUCAAGUGUAUAUUUAGUGAGUUCACACCUGAUUAAAAGCUGGAAUGGAUCGUGCAUGCUAUGCAUUGCAUGAUCUUGCUCAGAUCAGAUCAGACUCCAACACAGGUACGGACCACAGGCACCCUUGCAUAGAGGGUGAUCAGCAGGAAACCUAAUUAGCUGCAAGUAGAAAACUUCCCAGGACCAAGUCCCCAAGGUAAAACAAUUUCAACUCACUUGAUACAAAAUCAAAAAUUUUGCAGCGUUGACCACUCCAGAGGUAUCGGUCCCACACCUCUCGCAGUGGAUCUGUUGACAUCGGGGAGGGACAGUCACAGUGUGAACACAACUGUGGCACGGAGCCCAGAUUUACUCACUUGCAAUUCCAAAAAAUGCAGGCGCGCGAGCAAAAGCUACUAAAUGUGGCGGUCCUGAAUAGGAGCUGUAAAGAAAGUUGUGUAACGCAAAUGAGCUGCUUUCAAGACGUCAGCGAUGCAAAGCGGAGAGGAGUUUCCGCUGCGCACAGAGGCCACGCCUGGCUUUGUUCGAUUUGCAUGGUUCCCGGAUGGAAAAAUACGUUUGAUCUACUUAUUGUUUGCUCUCCCCACCCCAGUGCAUGUGAGGAUGUACAGGAGAGGGGCUCCGGUAUCAGCUGUGAUGCUUGACAGAGGGUGGAAAAAAUGGCGCUUUUGAAAGCUCUCACAUGGCAGCAGCCUGCAGGUUACCCUUACGCAAACCAGCCCCCGUACCCCAUGACCCAGGCAGGGGGGUACUCCAUGCCUCCUUACCCCAUGCCUCAGCCUGGGUAUGGAGACCCCAGCAUGUCUGCACCCUCACCUGGCUUUGCGAUGGGGUACCAGCCCCCCCCUGGGGGUCCCCCCAUGCAGCCGGGUGGCCCCGUGAUGUACCAGCCUGGCCCGGUCAGCCCCCAUCCGCCUGCCGCAGUGCCUGAGUACGGCAGGGGGCCUGCACAGGACUUCACCAACUACACCCCAUUGGCGCCUGUGGGUGUGCCCCCCGGACUGGAGUACCUCACUCAGAUCGAUCAGAUCCUGAUCCACCAGAAAGUGGAGCUCCUUGAGGCCUUCAUCGGCUUCGAGACCAACAACCAGUACGAGAUUAAGAACAGCCUGGGCCAGAAGAUCUACAAAGCCAAGGAGAAGAACGACUGCUGCACGCGCAACUGCUGCGGCUCCCUGCGCAGCUUCGACAUGAAGAUCAAGGACAACAGCGACCGCGAGGUCAUCCGGCUGAUCCGGCCCUUCCGCUGCGCCUCCUGCUGGUGCCCCUGCUGCCUGCAGGAGAUGGAGGUGCAGGCGCCACCGGGCACCACGAUCGGCUACGUGCUGCAGGACUGGCACCCCUUCCUGCCCAAGUUCUCCAUCCAGAACUCCUCCAAGGAGACGGUGUUGAAGCUGGAGGGGCCCUGCUUCGCCUGCAACUGCUGUGGGGACAUCAACUUCGAGCUGAAGGGCAAGGACGGGGGCGCCAGCAUUGGGCGGAUCAGCAAGCAGUGGAGCGGCCUGCUGAAGGAGGUCUUCACCGACGCGGACAACUUCGGGAUCCAGUUCCCCAUGGACAUGGACGUCAACAUGAAGGCCGUGCUGAUGGGAGCCUGCUUCCUCCUCGACUUCAUGUUCUUCGAGAAGGUGGGAGACGCUAACCAGCGCAGUACUGUCUUCUCCUGAGAAGGGGGAGCGAGAGCCGGGAUCGAACCGUCGACCGAACCAGACCCCGCUGCGUUUCCAAGGAGAAAACACCCCUUCCCUAGUGCAUCCUCCAGCCCCUCGUCUCCUCCUGCCCCACUCUUCCACUCGCUGCACCCCACAGGAAUGCCGCCCCCUUGGUCUGUCAGCUCCCCAGUUUGUCUCUUGUCACCUUCUCUCCAAAACCCCACGUGCCCCGGAAACCUGUCGGAGGUCCGGUUUACGUUUCCGAUCCGAUCUGAUCGUGCAGGUUGUCGUUCCACCUGAAGUCCACUUCGGGAGAGGCUCCCCCUCGGUGGGGUUCUUGCACAAGGAAAGGAGGGAAAGUGGAAGGGUGGGAUGGGUUGGGGUGGAGAACCUUAACGGGAUGGGCUUGGAAAAACCCAAAAGAGGAAGCGAUGCCUUAUGCACAUUCCCUUUCUUUGAGCUGCCUUCUGGGGAAAGGCUUUCUCUUCCUGCUACAGUGGAGAAAUGCCAGUCAAACACGCCACAGGGUCCAGUCUGCGUCCGGGACUCGGCCUUUCUUUUGUAUUUCUGUAUGCCUUCUUGUUUUUGUGAACUCAAGGUUCAGUAGCACUUGGGUUGGGUUAGCACUUGGGUUGGGUUUUAACAUGUUUCUCCUAGGCCAAAGACCCCACAGGUCUGCCAACUUAACCCUGAUUUUUAUUUUAUUUUUUUGUGGUUAAUGCCAUGUGCACAACAGCCUUGUUUCUGAACCCUGGCCCAGUGGCAUGAUCUUAUGGUAUCACCAAAGACUUCACAAUUACCAGAGGAGGGGUUGACUCAUUCCUGCCCCACGCUGUUACAGCCAGGACUCUUUGGGACAAGGAUAAUUGGAUAACUGUCAAUUAAAGGCAUGUUUGUGUGACAGCAUUUCUCCACAGCUUGACUAUUCAGGAGUCAUUUAGCUCACAUCAUUCUGAACUUACAGGUGUGCCCUUGUCUUUUGGCACAGUUCCUGUCCUGUCUUUUAAGAUGAACUAAUGUGUCCUAUAUAAACAACAAAUACUUAAGAAGUCACUUAUAUGAUAACUCAGAAAAGUGUGUAGUGUGUAAUGUGCUUUGGGCCAGAAUUAAAGAGCAGCCCUUCAAUAUAGCUAUGGUGUAGACUUGAGUAGUCCAGAAUACGUUAAUUGAACAAAACACUAUGUAUGAUAUUAUAUGGAUCUGCAUGAUUUUUUAGAUAUGCAAGACUGUUGAGAUGUUUUGUGGCACUGGAUAAUGUUACACCUGGAGUUUGUUUUCCAUUCUGUUGAGUCAAAAAGCUCUUCAGUCACUUGUCAUCAAGUGACACUUUAGUCAUUCCAGUCAACUGCACAGUGUUUUUAUUUUUGCCUUUUUGUGAUCCGAGCAGCCUUUAUCCAAUAAGCCCGGCCCUUGCCUUCGUUUUGUUGCACAGUGUUCCGCCCCUGGAGGAGCUUAUUCCUGCAGUUUCCGUGCCCAGUCUGGGUCGGGAACUCUCCUCACUGCGGUGCCUUCACCCUACACUUUUUCAUGCGCCAGUGCCUUAACCGCACAGCACUGCUAUGGACUUGUUCCUUCUUUCUGUUCAUUGAGGAAAGCUGUGCCUUUGGCUGCUCACUAGUCUGUGAUGACAGGAACAGGUGAGCCUCUUUCCCCUCACAGCUGUCGCCCAUGUGUCAUUGGGAUUAGGUGGAUUGUAGUACCUCCCCACGUCUCGCAUGCCUCAGUCCGUCUUGCUCUCUUCUGUACAGUUUUCUUCACAGUGGGAACAUAUUUUGUAAAUAACAGGAGCUGGGUGGUGAAUAAUUUAAAUGAUUGAUUUUGGCUCUUGUUCUUCUAUGCAUUUCAAUGUUUGUCAUUUACAAUAAAAAUAGACAUAGAUGGUGUUUUACAAGGAUGCUAGUAUGUGCAAAUCGAUCGCUGUGUUUCAAAAAAGAGUUUCUGCGAGUUUGUCUAGACCUGUUUCGCCCUUCUUUUUUUAUUUUACUUUUGUAAUUUUGUCCCUUGUGUUGUUUGUGCUUUUUUCCUGCUCUGUUUGUCUUUGCCUUGCCUUCAGUCGUUGAUCUUCAUCUUCGUCUAGUGGCUAAGGUACUCAAAACCAUAACUUGACCAGACCACCCGAAUCCCAGUUUACAGACAGCUGUUGGGGAAGUGUUUUUCUUCUCUGUGUGUAUGUAUGAGUACAGAGACAGGGCAUACACAUGUAUCUGGUGUCUUGCAUGACAUUAACAGUGGAGCUCUGUUGAUGACCUGCUUUGCACCUGCAUUUUUUAUAACCCUUAAACAAAAAUAAAACCAGCAUUGUUUGUUUUGAACCAAUAAAAUAUCAGUUUUUUAAAACAUA